AUCAGAGGAAAAAAAAGGUUCAGUGAGAAGGAAGGAGGGAGGGAGGGUGAGGAGGUAGCCCUCCUUGGAUGGGAAAUUGCAUUAAAGAGUUAUUGCUGGACCUACACACACUGAGGAGGCACUACUGCAAGCAAUGUGCUUUUGACUUGGAUCUACAAGCAGGUUGUGCUGCUGCUGCUGCUGCAAAUUAAAGAUCUGUAUUAUUAUUAUUAUUGUAUAUAAUGAUGGGGGUAGGAGAAACACAAGGACCCCUGCAAGAAGAGGAAUGAGCAGCAGCAUCCUUCAGCACAGCAGCCACCAGCGCAGCAUCCUCCAGGAUCGUGGUACCCAAGUGAUGGGCAACUCAAUGCAUCUCCACCAAACGUGUUCUUCUUCUUCCUCUUCUUCCUCUUCUUCUCAUCAUCUCCAUGGAGGGCUGUUGCAAAGAUCCGAGGAGGCACUGUGACCAUCUCACUCAUCAUCACCAGGCUCCCUGAAAUGGAAAUAGCCAUUGCUCUCCUACAUUGAGGAUUUUUUUUUCUCUUUAUGUACAAAACUCAUCACAAGGGAUGAUCAGCAAAGCACCCCUUCACCAGGUGACCCCUUAGCAGGCUUGAUGGAUUUAUGGCAAGCAUCUCCGGCUGAAUGUGAUAUCAUGAAAUUGCAGAGGAGGCUGUGGAGCUGGGGGAGGCUGCUGAGCUGUGCCUGGAGUUUGAGCACCAGGAUUCCUGGAUCCGACAAUUAAGAAAAAGGGGGGUGAGCUCCAAUGCCAAGCUGCACUGGGCUGUGAUUGGAAAUUUAAUCAGUUUUUUUUUCUUUCUUUUUUUUUGGAGGAAAAAAAAAAGGGGGAGAAAGUUUUUUUUUUUUUUUUGCUACUUGGGUUGGACACACAAGCAAGCCUGUGAUUGAUGCUUUACAAGGAACCUGUGGGAUGACCAUGAAGGCUGCUGGCUUACUGUGGACCCAGGGUGGAUUUUAUUGUCGGCAGCGUCGCUUGGCAGCUGCAAGGGGCGCCCUGGCGGAGGUGGGGAGCUGGCCCAUCACUGGCGUUUCAGCACCUUGGCCAGGGAAAGUUUGAAGAGCUCGCUGGUGUUGCUGUCCCAAGCUCCUUUUACUCUCUCCCUCCCUUCCCCCCCACUACACUUCUUCUUUUCACUGUGCAAAUUCAGUGUGAAAUGAGCCUGACUUUGCAGGCAUAGUUGGUAGGGACACUUCGGUCUGGGAUAAUACUGAGCAAGGCAUGGAUGCUGGCUUUGCUGCCUGGGUGCGAUCUGCAAAUUGUCGGCUCUGAUCGUCUCUGCUUGGAGCUUCUCCUCUUUUUCACACAAAUACUGGAACUGCUGAAGGACCAAACACAAACAAAGUAUGAAUGUUGAACAAGAUGACAUUACAUCCACAGCAGAUGAUGAUAGGUCCUAGGUUCAACAGGGCCUUAUUUGACCCCCUUUUUAUUGUGCUGUUGGCUCUUCAACUUCUCGUGGUGGCCGGGUUGGUUAGGGCUCAGACCUGCCCUUCUGUAUGUUCCUGCAGUAACCAGUUUAGCAAAGUCAUUUGCACCAGACGGAACCUGCGAGAAGUCCCGGAUGGUAUCUCCACCAACACGAGGCAACUUAACCUCCACGAAAACCAGAUCCAAAUAAUCAAAGUGGACAGUUUUAAGCAUUUGCGACACUUAGAAGUUUUACAGUUGAGUAGGAAUCACAUUAGGACGAUUGAAAUCGGGGCCUUUAACGGCUUGGCGAACCUGAACACUUUGGAGCUGUUUGACAAUCGUCUGACUACCAUUCCAAAUGGAGCUUUUGAAUAUUUGUCAAAACUAAAGGAGCUUUGGCUGAGGAACAACCCGAUUGAAAGCAUUCCUUCCUAUGCUUUUAAUCGCAUCCCUUCUCUGCGCAGACUGGAUUUGGGGGAGAUGAAAAGAUUGUCCUAUAUUUCGGAAGGAGCUUUUGAAGGGCUUUCAAACCUUAGAUAUCUGAACCUUGGGAUGUGCAACCUAAGAGAAAUUCCCAAUCUUACUCCUCUUGUAAAGCUAGAUGAACUAGACCUUUCUGGGAACCAUCUUUCAGUUCUGAGGCCAGGGUCAUUUCAAGGAUUAACCAAUUUACAAAAACUUUGGAUCAUGCAUUCCCAAAUUCAGGUGAUUGAGAGGAAUGCCUUUGAUGACCUUCAGUCACUUGUGGAGCUAAAUUUGGCACAUAAUAAUCUAACUACGCUGCCUCAUGACCUUUUUACACCUUUACAUAAUUUGCAAAGGAUUCAGUUGCACCACAACCCUUGGAACUGCAAUUGCGACAUUCUUUGGCUUAGUUGGUGGUUAAAGGAAAUAGUCACUACAGGCAGCACAUGCUGUGCUCGUUGUAGCACGCCUCCCAGUUUAAAAGGUACCCACAUUGCUGAGUUGGACCAGAACUAUUUUACAUGCUAUGCCCCAGUGAUUUUGGAGCCACCCACUGAUCUGAAUGUUACAGAAGGGAUGGCUGCUGAACUCAAAUGUCGGGCAUCAACAUCAUUGACUUAUGUUAGCUGGAUUACACCAAAUGGAUCCAUAAUGACUCACGGGGCUUACAAAGUGCGAAUUGCUGUGCUCAAUGAUGGCACACUAAACUUUACAUCUGUAACGAUGCGAGAUACAGGAUUGUACACAUGUAUCGUCAGUAACUCCGCAGGGAACACCACUGCCUCGGCGACACUGAAUGUGACUGCGAUUGAUAAUGGCUAUACGUACUUUUCCACUGUCACUGUAGAGACUAUGGAACCAUCUCAGGACGAGGCCAGAACCACAGAACAUCAUGUGGGUCCUACACCAGUCCUUGACUGGGAAACCACAAAUGCAACCACCUCUCUAAUGUCGCAGAGCACAAGGUCCACUGAGAAACCCUUCACCAUCCCGGUUACGGAUGCAAAUGGUGGAAUGCCAGGGAUAGACGAAGUUAUGAAGACCACCAAAAUUAUCAUUGGCUGUUUUGUGGCCAUCACCCUUAUGGCAGCUGUUAUGUUGGUAAUUUUCUAUAAGAUGAGGAAACAGCACCAUCGGAAAAACCAUCAUGCUCCUACGCGGACUGUUGAGAUUAUUAACGUGGAUGACGAACUCACAGCUGACACGCCCAUUGAGAGCCACUUACCCAUGCCCGCAAUAGAACAUGAGCAUUUAAACCAUUAUAACUCUUAUAAGUCCCCUUUUAAUCACACGACAACCGUGAACACAAUAAAUUCAAUACACAGCUCAGUGCAUGAACCUUUAUUGAUUCGCGCAAACUCUAAGGACAAUGUACAGGAGACGCAGAUCUAAAAUUCUGCAACAUGGGAUAAUAAAAGCAAAAACAGACCAUUUAUAUUAAAAAAAAGGAACGUAAAAUGACUGGGCUAAAUCUACUGUUUCCAAUAAAAGUGUCUUUACAAAAAAGAAAAAAAAAAUAAUAAAAAAACAAAGAAAUUUAUUUAUUAAAAAUUCUAUUGUGAUCUAAAAUAUUGAAAUCCUGUGUAUUCCUCGAGAUGAGUUGGUUACACUUGGUUUUACCCAAGUUAUAUUUUUCAUGUAUUGAAACUUCCAAAAAAAAGGAAAAGAGAAUCUAUAUUGGCUUUUUAUUGGGUAACAAAGGCUUGAAUUGGGUCUACCGUUUUAUUAUUCCUAAUUCAUCUAGAGUCGAAACCUUUUUUGGAAAAGCUUGGCAUGAAAUGCCAUGGUAUUGGUAGAUUAAAAAGAGAAAAUUUUAUUUUUUAUUUUCCUUAAUGAUUCUGUAUUUCGCAGAAUUUAUAUUCUUUGAGAAAAUAUAAAUAUACACAGAAUUCAAUUAAAGAAUGGUCGUUCAUUUACAUGGUCAGACUCAGAAGAUGAGAUCAAUUUGUAUCUCUGAACACAAAGUUAUGAAUAAAACAAGUUUUUUGUUUUUUUGUA